GGAUAUAAUGUCUAUGUCUCUCUCUUUCUCCGUGCUCCUCCCGACAACACAGGACAGGAUUACAGACCACACCCAACCAAUAGAGUCAGGCGCGUACAUGACACAGUAGCCGGGGUCGCGCACCGCUACUUCUUUUACUACUACGACCGAGCCAACCUACGGUCACGUUUUUCUACUACAUCACUCUUCUCUCUCUCUCCUUCCUCCUCUCUCUCUCUAGCGCGACGUCUGAGCUCUGUAGUCCGUUCUAAAGUUGGUUUGGUUCCUGUGUAACAGAGACAGACAGACAUGUUGGUGGUAUUAACCUUCAUCCUCCUCUUCCACGUCAUCUCAGCCAUCCUCCUCUUCAUCAGCACCAUCAACAAUGCAUGGUGGGUGGCGUCUGCUCCAGGAGGCGACGUGAUUUACACUGAUCUGUGGUACUCCUGUAACGUAACAUGUGUCCCUGUCAAGAACAGCGCUUCCACUGACGCAGUCUAUCUACAGGCUGUCCAGGCCACUAUGAUCCUGUCUACAAUCCUCUGCUGCGUGGGCUUCUUUGUGUUCAUCCUUCAGCUCUUCAGACUGAAACAAGGAGAGAGAUUCGUCUUUACAGCCAUCAUCCAGCUAUUGGCUAGCCUGUGCGUGAUGAUGGGAGCGUCCAUCUACACGGCGGAGAGAGAAGGUUUUACGGAGGAGUCUCUGAGGAAAGGGGGGUACGGUUCAUCCUACGUCCUGGCUUGGAUCAGUUUCCCCAUGACCGUCGUCAGUGGACUCAUGUAUCUGGUGUUGAGGAAACGCAAAUAAUAAAAAACUCAUCUCUACAAGACCAAACAAACACAACG